GCCUUUUAGGAGUCGUACGCUGGGUCGUUCAGCAGAGCAGAAAUAACAAAACCUAUGCAAAGAUGGUGAAACCCGAGUGUGAGAGGUGACUGUCCAGGGAUUGAGGUGAGAGAGGCUCUUGUGUGUCGGAUUACUAUGAACAACAAACAGUCAGGAGGUAGCUCUGGGGAGGCUGGCGUUAUAAAUACAAGAUGACAAGUGCCCACUGACUGUUCUUGUAGCCUGCACAGCCGUCUCUUUCUCUCUCGCACACAAGAGGAUGCCCCAGGCUGAGCCAGAUGCAGGUGGCGAGGAAGCCGGAGCUGCCCAGUGGUCAGAAGGCCAGAGGAAGGGUCGCUGUGAGGAGCACGGCGAGACACUGAGGAUGUACUGCACGGUGGACCGGCAGGCCCUGUGUGUGCUGUGCAGCGAUACUCACAGAGAUCACCACCUCAGCCCAGUCAGCGAGGCUAUUCGCCUCUACAAGAAUGAGCUGAGAUCCUCUCUAAACGCACUGAGGGAGAGAAAGAGAAUGUUCACCGAGAUUAUGUACAAACAGCAACAGAAGAUUUCAGCACUCACGGAGGCGAUGGAGGGUCUUGCACAGCACAUGUCAGAGGAGUUUGCGGAAAUGCGCCUGUUCCUGGACCGGAGGGAACAGGAGCUAAAGAAGGAGCUAUCUGAGCAUGCAGGCAGUCUGCUGCAGCCCCUGGAGGACAAUCUGCGUGCCAUCCAGCAGGCACUCAUCUCCAUUCAGAGGGAAAUCAUCGUAUGCCAGGCCACAGCCAAUCAACGUGACAGUCUGCAGUUCCUCCAGGAAGCCAGCUGGCUCAGAGAGAGGCCCUGCGAAGAGAUUCACCACCCUUCCGUGCUCUCAGCAAAGCUGUGCCUGGGCCUUUUUAAAGGGCCCCUCCAAUACCGGUUGUGGAAGGAGAUGAAAGACUACAUUAGCCCAGUGCCAGUGCCACUGACCCUCGAUCCGGACACCGCCAGCCCCUGGCUCGUGCUGCUGAAGGACCUGACGGGCGCCGGACUGGGUGGCACGCAGCGUGUGGUGGAUGAUGGCCCUCUCCGGUUUGAUCACUCACCCUGCGUGCUGGCCUCUGAGGGCUUCGCUGGGGGAAGGCGCUACUGGGAGGUGGCAGUGCAGCGCCAGGCUGAGUGGGCGAUCGGGCUAACGCGGGAGUCGGCGCAGCGUAAGGGCGCCAUCACCCUGUCACCGCAGGAUGGCUACUGGGCCUUGUGGAGGAAGAAAGGAGACAACUACCGCGCCCUGACCUCACCCCCAACCCGGCUAAGCCCAGGCACCGAGCCCAGCAAGCUGGGCAUCUACCUGGACUACGAGGCCGGGCAGGUAUCCUUCUACGACGCCGUGCAGAUGUCGCACCUCUACACCUUCACGGACACAUUCACCGAGCGCCUGUACCCGUUCUUCAGCCCGGGCCUGAGCGACGGGCUCUGCAGUGCUGCCCUGGUGACCGUCUGCCAUCUCAGUCUCUGACCUGUCAGCCUUGCACGCUCUGCAUGGACUCAGCUCUCUCCAGGACUCAGGGCUUCACAAAAAGCCACCUAACACUGUGCUGUUCGUCCAGAGACCGCAGGUUUCGAAUCCCGGACAGUGAAGUUUGAAUUCAUUCAAAACAAAAAUCGGGAAUUAAUGGUGGCUGUGAAUCCAUUGUUGGAAGAGCCCAUCCGCUCCAAUAAUGUCCCUUUAUAGGAGGAAAUCUGCCAUCCUUACCUGGUCAGGCCUACAUGUGACUCCAGGCCGUAACAAAGACUCAUUACUACCCUCUGGGCAAUUAGGAAUUGCCAAUAAAUUCUGGCCUAGCCAGUGACGCCCACAUCAUCUGAAAAAAAUUUAAAAAUGUUCUUCACAACCAUUGAAAUGCAUUUUUCUGAUGUGUACAACAGGGUGAGUUGGUCAUUCUGUGCACAGCAGGAUCCCACCUUUUGCUUUAAAAGAUGAAGCCAGUUUAAGGAUUGUGACAGCCACAACUGACAUGCCAUAUGGGUAUCACAUUUAACAAUUAAAGAAAUACAUUCUCUUAUCCCUGCCCCUGAGGUGAUGGCUUGGUCUGGGACGAAGGAGAGACGGGAGAGAAGGAGAGACGGGAGAGAAGGGGAGACGUGCAGGUCUGAUUGAACCACCUCAGGCAGGCUCUGCCUCCCAGCUCCUCCCCCAACCCGCAGGCCCUCACGUAAUCCCCAAACAAUUAAGGUCGCAGACUACUGUGGUCUUCGUGCCACAAAACGACAGCCGGGGAUUAGAUACACAGUAAAGCUCCCUCUUCUCUUUUAAAGUGAAAUCAAAGCUCCCUCCCUGCUUUUAAACUGAAAGCCCAAUUAAUAAUUGAUUAAGGCAGAUGCUGGGGUUUGAAAGCCAUGAGCAGGACUUGCUUUGUGCAACCUAGCAAGAUGAGAGCUCAGAAAAAUAUCCAAGGCAAUUCUAUCUUGGUGAAGCUCUCUGUCAGUGAAAAAAAGAAAUCAGGGUUUUGUCUGAGGGCAAUUGCUGGCUUGCAGUUUGCAAGAAUCCAGGACAGUGCAAAUGAAGGAAAUAGUGAAGGCAGAAUGCCAGAAGGCAUGCAGUCCUUGAGGCACUACAUGAUGGAAGGACUUUGAUAGAGUCAUAUCAUCAAAAGUGGGUAACCACAAUCGUUUAAAAGGUUUUUUUUAAUUUAAUUCCUCGAGGUGGGGCAAGAUCUGCUGAUAAAUCCAUAGGAUUUGCUGUUUGAUGUGUUCUGUAGGAUGCUCAACAAUCACUUAUUUGUAUGUUACACAUUUUUGCCUUGUGUUAAUUUAGGAUGUUAGAAUAUAAUCCACAUCUAUUAUUGCACCAAUUGUUUGAGGAUAAUAUUUUAUGUAUGUUUGUA